UGCGGCGCGGUAUUCGUCAUGGAGCCGGCGUCGCGGGCCCGUCUCCUGCCGCUGCUGCUGCUGCUGGGCCUGAGUUCGGGAGCCAUCAUUGACCUGCCCCAAGAUGAGGGCAGAGAAGUAUGGGAUUAUGUGACUGUCCGCAAGGAUGCCCACAUGUUCUGGUGGCUCUAUUAUGCCACCAACUCCUGCAAGAACUUCACAGAACUGCCCCUGGUUAUGUGGCUUCAGGGUGGUCCAGGCGGAUCCAGCACCGGAUUUGGAAACUUUGAGGAAAUCGGGCCCCUUGACUGUGACCUCAAACCACGAAGAACUACCUGGCUCCAGUCUGCCAGUCUCCUGUUUGUGGACAACCCCGUGGGCACUGGGUUCAGUUAUGUGGCCGAGAAUGGCACGUUUGCCAAAGACCUUGCCACGGUGGCAUCAGACAUGCUGGUUCUCCUGCAGUCCUUCUUCAGUUGCCGCCCGGAGUUCCAGACGAUUCCAUUCUACAUAUUCUCAGAGUCCUACGGAGGAAAGAUGGCUGCUGGCAUUGCUCUAGAACUUCAUAAGGCCAUUCAGCAAGGGACCAUCAAGUGCAACUUUUCUGGGGUUGCUUUGGGUGACUCCUGGAUCUCCCCUGUUGAUUCAGUGCUCUCCUGGGGACCUUACCUGUACAGCAUGUCUCUUCUCGAUGACCAAGGCCUGGCAGAGGUGUCUCGGGUGGCAGAGCAGGUCCUGGAUGCUAUAAAUAAAGGGCUCUACGAAGAGGCCACCCAGCUGUGGGGAAAAGCAGAAAUGGUCAUUGAACAGAACACGGAUGGGGUGAACUUCUAUAACAUCCUAACUAAAAACGCCCCCAUGUCUUCAAUGAAGUCAAGCCUAGAAUUCACCCAGAGCCACCUCGUUCAUCUUUACCAACGCCACGUGAGAAACCUAAAUCGGGAUGCCUUGAAUCAGCUCAUGAACGGGCCCAUCAGAACGAAGCUCAAAAUUAUUCCUAAGGAUUGCUCCUGGGGAGGCCAGGCUAACAGUGUCUUCCUGAACAUGGAGAAGGACUUCAUGAAGCCAGUCAUCAGCGUGGUGGACGAGCUGCUGGAAGCCGGGGUCAACGUGACCGUGUACAAUGGACAGCUGGACCUCAUCGUGGACACCAUGGGGCAGGAGGCCUGGAUGCAGAAACUGAAGUGGUCAGAACUGCCCAAGUUCCAUCAGCUGAAGUGGAAGCCACUGUACAGUGACCCUAUGUCUUCUGAAACGUCUGCUUUUGUCAAGAGGCACAAGAACCUGGCUUUCUUCUGGAUUCUCAGAGCCGGACACAUGGUUCCUUCUGACCAAGGGGACAUGGCCCUGAAGAUGAUGAAGCUGGUGACUCAGCAAGAAUAGGAUGGGCUGGGCUGGAGGUGAGCUGCUUGGCCUCGGGGCACGGGAGCUGAAGUGAGCACCCCAUAGCUGUGGGGAGCACCGUGUCCCCUGGAACCUGACUUGGGCUGUGAUCGUGAAGGUUCCUGCCAGCUGCACAGAGAACAAAUUCACUGCCUCAGUGGCAACUUGGAAGUCAUUUCUGCUCUCAAAACACCCAAGAUUUUUUUUAAUGGAUUUCUUUUCAUCAAAAUGAACGUGUUGAACUACACUAACUUUUGCUUAUUAUAAAAGCAAAUUGUGUGAUUUAUAUUUUUAAAAAGGAGGGGAGGGAUACAGGUAAAGAAAGAACAAAAUAAACACCCAUAUCCUUCCUUCCUUGGGAUAGGCACUGCUACCACUCUAGUGUAUAUUCUUGGCAAUAUUGUUUUGCUACAUAUACAUAUAUAUUUUUUUGCAAAAAUUGAAUUAUCAUUUUACUGUCUACUUUGUUCACACAUCAAAAUGUCAUAAACAUCUUUUCAUGUCAAUAAAUGUUCUGUAACAUUUUUAA